AAAAUGUGAAGGUACCGACAUGCGAAAAAAUUAAAAUAAACCAUUGCGCAGCAUAAGAUGGGGAAACGAUUUACUCGUGGCCCGGACGGCGCUGCUGCGUCAAGGAAAAGGCAAAAAGUCGUACAUGAAGCACCAACAUCAGAAGAGAUCCAUGCGAGCCGACAAUUGCAACAACUACUGUCCUUUAGUCAAGAUCCGGUACGGGCCCGGCAUGGUCUUCAAUCCUUCAAACUCUUCCUCGACGACUUGCUAGACCCAGACAGCGACCAUGGCGACCGGCCCCAGAUACUACGGGACUACCUCCAAUUCGCGAGGCCCGCCGAUGACGACGACGAAAACACCGUUUGCCUGCCGGACAUGAUGCAGACAUGGAGUUAUGCCGCCCAAAUCAACAACGACAACAUCAUGUCCGCCCUGCCAGUCGUUCUUGCUCUGCUCCUGAAGCUGCUCUCGCAAUCCCUCGAGACGGUACCCCUGGGGCUAGCCAUAUGUAGAACCCUGCUACAGAAACGACAGCAAGAGUUGAUAGCGCGCAACUUGGCUGCCGACAAGGGAAAAGCCUUCAUAAUCUCGCCAACCUUGAGGAUGUUGAAAGAGGCUGUUAGCUUCGACGGAGGGGCCAUCGCAAGACCCCUCUUCCGCGCCAGGGCGUCCAUGUUGAAGUCGUUGGCACGGAACAUGGGCAUUGUUCACAUCGGGGAGGAGGCCGAGGAUACCAAACGGCCAUCGGCUCGCACCAAUGCCAUCCUCUUCUUCCUCGGCGCCCUCAAGUUUCUCCACCCGGAAGCGAAGAAGGAGCUGCUGUCCCAGAGGGACAUCGUUUCGGCCCUAACUCGUGAUGUCAAGCAGGACCCGCCCUACCUCGUGCGGGAGCUUUUAGAGGGGCUACGGAGCCACGUCCUGUUGGACGACAAGCUCCUACGCGAGGCCAAGGCGAACCUGUUGAACACGUCGACACUCACCCGUCUCGCAGCGCUCUACCAAUACCGUUUAGGCACACCCUCUGAAGACGAGACUUCCAUUCCCGAUAUCGCCCACGAAUUCCUCACGACGGCGUGCACCGACCCGGCCUGUGGUGUGCUGAGACAUGAUUCCGGCUUUUACCCUCGAGAGAUCGACCCGGACACCGUUAUCCCGACCGCCGAGCUCGACGACUUGGGACUAGAAGCCAUCGUUUGGAUGAACAAAUUCAAAACAGAGGUUCCUGUUCGAAAUUACACCUUGUCAAACUUCUUGCCGAACCUACGUCCGUGGUCGAACGUCAAACAGAGCGAGCUCAUCACUUCCAUCUUCAAGGUCGCUCCCGAGCUGGUCGCCCACUACUUCCUCACCAACAAGUCCUUCACAUUCGAACCCAAGCUUUCGGCCACGUGGAUUGGCUAUGCCGCUUUUCUCUUCAACACAGUCACUCUCCCCGUCCCCGACUACUUCUGCCGCGCGGAAACCUUCCGUGAACUGCCUCCGCCAACUUCAAUCGUCAUGGACAACAUCCUACCUCUCCCGCUGAAUCAAAAAGCACUAACUCGGAGUCUGGCCAACAAGUCGAACAUGAUUUCGUUCUUCGCCACUCGAAUCUUGGUGGUCGCGAUCGAGAAGUUGGAUGCCGCGAUCAAGAUGCACCAUGAUGCCGCCCACUCCAACAAGUCUGUCUGGGCGGAAGCCGCACGCAGGUUGGUGGAUGAUUUCUGCCAGCGGAGUCCUGGUAUCAAAGAAAUGAUCAACUCGUACCGAUCCAUACCUGAGGGCGAUCUUCUGCAUCGCGAGGCGGGCAGCCGGUUGUUGCGCCUCUGCUACGAGGUGCUGCCGCAGGUCGCUCUCAUGGCCAAAUUUGACGUUUCUCCUUUCCUAGAAACGGCUCUAAGCCGCUUGUCCAAGCAAGAACUCGACGACCCCCGCGAUUUUGCUCUGAGUCUGAAGGAGCUGGAAAACUUGCUUGCCAUUGCCGGAUAUUCGCCCGGCAUGCGCUGGUUUUCCGCUUCCGAGGGAAUGUCGCUUUCUCCAUUCACACUGCUGUUGAAAGUUUACGUCGAUGCUCCGGACGGAGUGGCGCUAGAGGCAAUACGGAGCGUUCUCAACUUUGUCGCUGUGGAGCAACAGCUGGUGCCCACCGGUGACAAACACCCCGGGCUGCUUGUCCUGCUCGAAGCGCUACAGUCGCUGCGCCAGUCAUCACCAGAUUCAGUCACGCAGCUGUGGCCCUUCUUGGAUAACUGCCUGACGCGGUGUGCGAACACCCCAGUCAAGUACGUCGAGAAGAUGCAAGAGGUAAUACAAAACACAACCGAAAGCACACAAAAAGACCUUGCGGGAGCAGUCGCAAGUCCUAUCGCAAUGGCUAUGCUGGAGCAAUUGCCGUUUAUUGCAGCAAAGGAGGGGGGACAAGCCACUAUCAAGGCCCUUGGCCGCUUCCUGCCAAAAUUCUUAGGGCUCUCGGCGACGGCUGGGGAGAGCAGACCGUUACUCGACGCAAUAUUCUCGAACAUGGUGACCCACCUUGCUGAUAGCAAGGGCAAGCUCGCCAAGGCUGGUGUCCCGAAGGGCCUGGAGUUCGAGCACAACCCAAGGCCCCGAGGCACAGAGACCAAAGCCAAGAAACCCAAGAGCACGGCGGCCAGCCAGGGGGAGGAAAAGUCGGAGCCUCAAAUGGAUGCUGAGACCUUAGAGGACACGCUACACGUCCCGGACGGCUUGGAGGCAGACAACGCGGCUCUGGUGAAAUGGGCGUCCAAGACAGUGGAUGAGCUUGUCGAUGACGGCUACCUCACAUCGCUCAUCGCCCUACUCGUCUCGGAGCACGCCAGCAUACGGAAAGAAGCACUCGUCAACAUCCUCAAGGCUGCGGCAAAAAUCAAGCAGUCCGAGUACGAAGAGAAGGAGCAGAUCUGGCUGCUCCUCUCGGAACUCGCCGAGACGGCAAGGGACAAUAUCAACGACGGGCCCCUGCCGAGCACAAUAGCAUCAUUUGCCUGCCACGCGCUCAACGUCCUGCGAGACCCCCUCUCGAGCCUCUAUUCCAAGGUCAACAUCUUCCUCACGCGUGGGCCAGUCUGGAGCCUGGACAGGCUCCCGCUUGUGGACGAGAUCCUCUCCGAGGAGCCAACGGUCGGGGACACAUACUACGCACAGGUCAACUGGCUCCUGGAAUACCUGAUCGACGGGCUCCGCACGCCACACGAUUUCGAGCUGUUCCACAAGAAGCGGGCGAAGGGCCCCGUAUUCGAGCGGAUCCUGGCACUGGCGGCGAACCCGUACAUGAGGCUGCCGCUCCGGAGCCAGGUGCUGCGCUUGCUGUACCGGGCUACCCGCAUCGAGGGGGGGAGCACCACGCUGACGACGAGGUUUGGGAUUGUGAAUUGGCUCGACGCGAGACAGGCCGGUUGCACGGAUGCUGGCGAGGCAGCUGUCCACGGGGCGUUGCGCAGGAGGAUAUGGGAGACGUGUGAUCAGGAUAGGGUUAGGGUUUGGAGUAAGGGGUCGUUGGGCGUUGGGCAUGUGUAGCAUCCAUCCUUCAAGUUCCAUUAAAUUAAAUUAAAUGUGUUGAUAUUUGAGGCCUUACCUACCUUAUUGAUAUAGCAGCGAAAAGAGCCAAUCUAGCGGGGAUUUUCUCUCUGAUCAUGCUUGCCCUACUAUGUGGUCUGCCGAGACAUCU